CUGAUUGGCCACGAGGAGAGCAUAAGGGGCGUGUCUCGGAGGGACGAGGCUAGAGGAGGCUAGACGACAGUGGCGACAGCAGCUGGAAGAGCAAACGCACCUGAAGGGAGGGGUCAGGAGUGUUUGCCUAAUCUCACUGGGACAGGCAGACGUAGACAAGUAGCCUCUAUAAUCUCCACUUGGACUGCCCCAGCUUCGAGUAACAAGAGCUGCUUUGUUGAUUUGUCAAACUACUGAGCGAUUUACGAGAGGUUCCGCUUUGGAGAAGUUGGUUGAAAAACCUCUCUGGUACAAAGUUGCAUUCAAGCAAGGAAGGAGGUUCAGUUCUCUUCCUAGCUAGCUUCUGAGCUUGGUAUGGAUAAUGGUAGAGCGGUAGAAGGUCAAGUAGGCUUAAAACAGAAUGAUGCGGAGGUCAGAGUCCAUGGACGUAUUCUUCCAGAGAGUACUGAAGAGAAAAAAAGUGUGAUCAACUCCUUGAUGUCUGGAGCAUUGGCUGGCGCUGUGGCCAAAACCGCCGUGGCACCGUUGGACAGGACGAAAAUCAUUUUCCAAGUGUCGUCAAAUAGAUUUUCUGCUAAGGAGGCCUACCGGCUGAUCUAUCGUACCUACCUCAGGGAAGGCUUCUUCAGCCUAUGGCGAGGCAACUCAGCCACCAUGGUUCGGGUGGUACCCUACGCUGCCAUCCAGUUCUGCGCACAUGAGGAAUAUAAGCAGCUUUUGGGCAGCUACUAUGGCUUCCAGGGAAAUGCGCUCACCCCUCUGCCCAGAUUCAUCGCAGGCUCUAUGGCAGGGAUCACAGCUGCCAUGUUGACGUACCCCCUGGACCUGGUCCGUGCCCGUAUGGCAGUAACACCGAAGGAAAUGUACAGCAACAUAGUUCACGUAUUUAUGCGGAUAUCUCACGAGGAAGGAUUGAAGACACUGUACAGGGGCUUCUCACCUACCAUCUUGGGGGUGAUCCCUUAUGCUGGAUUGAGCUUCUUCACUUAUGAGUCACUGAAGAAGCUGCACGCAGAUCACAGCGGGAGGAGAGAACCUUACCCCUUGGAAAGGCUUGUGUUUGGGGCUUGUGCAGGCCUGAUCGGGCAGUCGGCCUCUUACCCUCUGGACGUAGUCCGUCGACGGAUGCAGACCGCAGGGGCGCUGGGCUACUCCUACGGGUCUAUCUUCCUCACCAUGAGGGACAUCGUUCGGGAAGAGGGACUCGUCCGAGGCUUGUACAAAGGGCUCAGCAUGAACUGGGUCAAGGGUCCCAUCGCCGUGGGCAUCAGUUUCACCACCUUUGAUCUCAUGCAGAUUCUCCUCCGAAAAUGGGAACACAGCAUGGACGUGCAGAGGUAACGCCAACCCUGCCACCCUGAGUUCCUUGUGGAGAGGGAGUGACCACCGCAGUGGCACCAGUCAGUGCUGACGAACAAGGAUGGACAAAUCCUCCUUUUUUUUUUUUUAACCCUCUUCCCUUGAUUCCAGACAAGAUUCUCACGGUAGAUCUGAAUGACCUCGGAGAAUUCGGUUUCAGACACACAGAUUCCUCUAACUGUGGCCAUCUCCUCUCCGGUUUCCAGAUACCGUAUGUGCAAAGAAAUAAUAAUAGAAAUCAGUGCAGGAUUUUCAUUGUUUUUACGAUGUGAUCUACACACCCCUGAAUUCUCCGAACAGGGGAGGAAAGAGGCCUCUUUCGCUGCUGGCUUCAUAACAGGAGGCAGCAGCUGAUGUGGUUUUAUCUGUGUCAAACGUUUCCCCCCCUCCAACUCUUCCCACUCCCCUUUUAUUUUUUUAAAAUUUGUUCACAACUUUCCUCACCUAUCAUUUUACCUCUUGGAAGUGCAUUGCCAGAUUGGGGUGAGAAUAUUUUUCCAUAGAGUUGACUUAAAAAAGAAGGACACUUCCUCUGGCAUUUUUUGGGGGGUUUGCUGGAAACCAGGAGAUCUUAAAUCGACAGCGUUUCAGGUUGCUGCUUUCUAGAGUCGCGCUUAAAUAAAGGAUUUUGUGUUUUGCUUUGUUUUUCAAAGAAAAAAAGAAGCAAGAACAACAACUACCAGAUAGGUUUUUCCCUUUCCAUUGGAGAUGAUUCUGAGGAAAACAUUACCAGUGCACAGUGUUAACUGGAAACUCUUGCUGUCUUGAUAUGCUAUCCGUUUUCAUUUCUUCAGUAUUAUCCACAUUAUUUCCGCAGUUAGGGAAAGGGUAAGAGAAUGGAUGUCAUAAGUGUUUGGUUGGUUGGUUGGAUGGAAGGAACGUGAAGGGAUUAUGAGUACCCGAGAAUCUCCUCUUCCGAUUUAAUAUUAACUUGUUGGGUUCUCAGAUUGAUCGAAGAGCCCUCUGGCUCUUUUUUUCUCUAGACCCUCUGGGCUCUGUGCGUUUUUAAGAUCUUGCUCGCUUGAAAUUGGAGGACGCACACCUGUUGGCAAAACCGGCAGCCUCAGGUUGUAGCCUCCUUCCUAAACACUAUAAUUUCACUACUUAUUUUCCUUUUUCCUCCUUCCCUUUGCUGCUGCUUGUCAGAGUGGAGAAUACCAUUGUGUCGUGUCGGGCAAGCUUCCUGUGGCAGCUUAUAUAUUUCCUGCAUUUAGGUCUCUCUGGAUAGUUUUUUGCUGCUUUUUACUCUUUUUCUCUUUGCCAGUUUUCUGCUUCUUUCAAUGCCACUUUGAUUUGGCGUGGGGUGGGGGGAAUAGCAACAGAUUAACCCGAUGCGAUUCUCAAAUCCUUCCCUUCUGGUUAAAGCAGGCAUGGGGAACUAUGGCCCUUUUAUGACUUGUGGACUUCAACUCCCAGAAUUCCUGACCCACCAUGGCUCAGCUCAGCAUCGCUGGCUCAGGUAUUCUGGGAGUUGAAGCCCACAAGUCAUAAAAGGGGCCAUAGUUUCUCACUCCUGGGUUAAAGGAAGAAAGAAGGAAUGGUGUAUGUCAGGGGUCUCCAACCUUGGCAACUUUAAGACUUGUGAACUUCAACUCCCAGAAUCCCUCAGCCAGCAAAGCUGGCUGAGGAAUUCUGGGAGUUGAAGUCCACAAGUCUUAAAGUUGCCAAGGUUGGAGACCCCUGGUGUAUGUUACAGGAAAAAAAAAAUGGGUCUGUGGCAAGGCUAAAAGACACUCGGUUGUGAACUGACAUGGAUCCUUCCCCACAUUUUGUAGAACGGGCUGGAAACUGAACCUGACAUUUUGUGGGCCACAAAAUGGCGAUCUACAUGCACUACGCCUCUCCACACGCCGAGCAUCCUAAUUGUUCUUUAUAUGAGCCUAGAAAUUCUACGACGUCCACUUGUUUUGAUUCUUUGCAACCUCGCUAAUCGAAUUGAUUUCUGCAAAGGGGCUCAGAAUCUAACGGAAGCCUUUUUUUGAAGAUGGCUGUAAGCUGCCCACCCCCAGAAACCAUAUGUUUUUAAGAGGCAGAAUUCAGAAUGUGAUGUGUAGGUGUUGUACACACAAAACAUGUUGACCAUGAAGGAAGAUAACGUGAGCAGCCGCUUCAAGGCUGCUUAGCCGCCAACGUGCACAAGUCAAAUCACAAAUCAAUAAAUGUGAAAGAUGUCUCAAAUUGAGACGUAUGAAUAUGAAAUUCAGCUCUUAGAAGAAGGCUUUUCUCUCCCGAUUUUAGAAUUUUUUAGAUUCCCCUCUUCCCCCACCCCCAACUCCCCAUCCACUGCUUAAGCUUGGUUGCCAAUCUAGUUUGUGUUUGUUUUUUUUUAAAAAAAACCCUGCUUUAUAUGCUUAACAUUGCACCACUUACCUUAUUGUCUUGCAUAGAGCCUCUUGGCCAGAAACGUUAGACACUAUCACAAAACAUCCCCUGGUCAUUGUAAUCAAAUCAAAUUCAUUGGGGUGUAUUGGAAUUUAGCUGGGGGAACCUGCUCUAAUGGGGAUUAGUUACCUAUUUGUGGGGAGCUAAUGUGGGUCCCCUUUUUGUUCCCCAAUAUCAACUCAGCUGGAGAACUUUACCAAGGCAAGUUCAGCAGUGUGUUUUUCUCUCGUCUGCACAUUCCUAAGGUAGAGUGUGAAAACUUGGCAACUUUAAGCCUUGUGGACUUCCAACUCCCAGAAUUCCCAUGGCUGGCUGAGGAAUUCUGGGAGUUAAAAGUCCACAAAUCUUAAAAGUCGCCAAGUGUGAGGAUCCCUGGCCUAGAGCAGAGCUGGGGAACGAAGGCCCCUUUUAUGACUUCUCGACUUCAACUCCCAGAAUGCCUGAAUUUCUGCAAAUUGAAGUCCACGAGUCAUAAAAGGGCCAUCGUUCCCCGUCCCUGGUCUAGAGUCAUUUUUUUUCAAACCCGGCAACUUUAAAAGGUGUGGACUUUUAACUCCCAGAAUUCUCCAACCAGCAUGCUGGAGCCCACCGCAUCUUAAAAUCGCCCAGUUUGAAAAACAUCGCUCUAAAGUAAUAAUAGUUCAAGGGCAGGUUGGCUUUCCCUACUUGGAACCUAGCCAGGGUUUUCCUUGGUCUAAUAAUAAUUUGAAAAGGUCAAUACAAACCGGGUGACCCUCAACAGCACCUUUCCUGUCGCUGCCAACCUUCUUGAGUUGAGCAAGGUGAUUUUUUUAGCAAAUGCUCAAAGCUGAUUUUCCAGGAUAACAGGUCAGUUAGUUGACUGGUGCAGGGGUCUCCAGCCUUGGUCCCUUUUAAGACUUGUGGACUUCAACUCCCAGAGUCCCUCAGCCAGCAAAGCUGGCUGAGGAACUCUGGGAGUUGAAGUCCACAAGUCUUAAAGGGACCAAGGUUGGAGACCCCUGGACUGGUGUCUUUGCCGUAAUUUGAAUGUGCCUUUAAAAGGUGCUGUGUGGGCCUCUAAACACGACAGGGCUGUUCUUGUAGGACAAGGGGAACUAUUUUUUUGACAAGUAAAACAGUGGGGAAAUAGGAUCUCUUUCUUUGCAGGGGUUCCUAGCUUUUUACCCUUACAGAGGUCUUUUCCAGGGAUUGUCUGGAACAGGGGUCUCCAACCUUGGUCCCUUUAAGACUUGAGGACUUCAACUCCCAGAGUUCCUCAGCCAGCUUUGCUGGCUGAGGGACUCUGGGAGUUGGUCCACAAGUCUUGAAUGGACCAAGAUUGGAGACCCCUGUCUGGAGAAACCAUCCUGUGGUGCAUUCCAGGCAGGGCUGUUCCUCAUUGCUUUGUGCAAACAGAGUAUUCGAUUGCAAAGCCGGCCCAUAAGAAGUUUCCGCCGAGAGGGUUGCAUGCCCAUAAGCAAGUGUUCUGAAGGAAAGUGAGCUAGCCACUAAAGUAUUUGGCACCACUGCACAGCCAAGUAUUAUAAAGGGUGACUUUGGAGAGCUAACUCCAGCCUUGGGGACAACGGUGUGAUAUGGUGCGAUGCAUCUGUGUAGAACGUUGAACACAACAGCUUCCGCUGACGAGGGGUUCUCUGCAUUGUGGCUUUUUAUCUGGCCAACUAUACUUUUGUUUUAUAUAGAUGUUUAUAGUGACAAAAUUAUAAUGAUCUGUGCCAAGGGAGGAGUAUAUUUAAUAAUAAAAAUGAAUUAU